UGAGAGUAUUUUUACAGUAGCAUUAGAUUAACGCGUAGAGAGAGAGAGAGAGAGAGAGAGAGAGAGAGAUCGGCAAUUAGGGCUUUUCGAGAGGCGAGAGAUUUGGAUCGGCGAAUUGGGAUUGGAAGGGUUUGGGCGAUGGGAUGGAUAGAUCUGCGGCGGAUGUUGGGUUUGUCGGCGCUGCUGCGGCUAUUGCUGGUGUGCUACGGGGAGUGGCAGGACGCGCACAUGGAGGUCCGGUACACCGACGUCGACUACCUCGUCUUUUCCGACGCGGCCGCCAUGGUCGCCGCCGGUAGAUCGCCGUUCGAGCGGGCGACGUAUCGCUACUCGCCUCUCCUUGCCUACUUGCUCGUUCCCAAUUCCCUCCUUCAUCCGUCCUGGGGAAAGCUCCUCUUUUCGGCUGCCGAUUUGCUUGUGGGUUUGUUUGUGGAUGCAAUUCUGAAGCUACGUGGUGUACCAGAGGACCUGCGGCUUUGGUCUGUGGCAGCUUGGCUCUUCAAUCCAUUCACUUUUACCAUUGGUACAAGAGGAAACUGUGAACCCAUUGUCUGUGCAGUGAUCUUAUGGAUCAUCUUGUGCAUUAUGAAUGGUAAAGUAUUUCAGGCAGCAUUUUGGUAUGGACUUAUUGUCCAUUUCAGAAUAUACCCGAUCAUAUAUGCCCUUCCAUUUGUCAUAGUUCUGAGCAAACAACGCAUUGGUCCUUCUCAGAAGCCUACCCUCAGGCAAUGGAACUCUCGACGAGAUAUUUUAUACAACAACUCCAGUACAGCUUCUGCAAAAUCAUCACCAUGCUGGAAUGGUUUGUGGACUCCUCUUGGAAGCACUGUAACAUGGGACACAGUAAUGUUUGGAUUAUUCUCUGGAACAUUAUUUUUUCUCUUAACCAUAACGUUCUUCUAUAUUUAUGGAUGGGACUUCUUAAAUGAAGCACUAUUGUAUCACCUUACACGUACUGACCCACGGCACAACUUCUCGAUAUACUUCUAUCAUGUCUAUCUCCACCACCAGCAAGGUUUCACAGUUUUUGAGAAGUUUGUGUCCUUUCUACCUCAAACAAUGGUGCAACUUGCCCUCAUCUUCUCUUUUGCUGGAGACCUUCCAUUCUGCCUUUUUGUGCAGACAGUGGCAUUUGUGGCUUUCAACAAGGUUAUGACGGCACAGUAUUUUGUAUGGUUCUUCUGUCUGUUGCCGCUGAUUCUUCCUUGGAGCGGCAUGAAAGUUAAAUGGAAAGGUUUAAUCUGCAUGUUAGUGUGGAUGGCAUCCCAAAUCCAUUGGCUGAUGUGGGCAUAUCUACUAGAGUUCAAGGGACGAAAUGUCUUUGUACAAUUAUGGUUGGCAAGCAUCUUGUUCCUGGCUGCAAACACUCUUGUUUUGCUCAUGCUCAUCCGAUACCACAAAUACUCUCCAAUUUUCAUGCCAUUAGCAAGGUCUGGUGCCGCUAAUUCUAGAAAGUCGGAAUAACUUAAUUUUCUUUUUUUUUUUGUUCAUGCUAGAGUUGAGUUGUUUUUCUAUAUGUGAGAAGCUGAAGACGCACCUUUCAGAUCUUGUUUUGUUGCUGCAGUUUGUUUCACUGCUUUACCUAACUAUUGUGAUUUUUUUUUUCCCAUGGCUAUUUAAUGAUAAAUCAUGUCAUAUCAUUAAUGGGUGA